AUGCCGUCGGUACCAAAAGAGUAUAUUACCGACCCCCCGAAACAAAACGCGCCACUUAUGCGGGCUGCGAUGCACCUGAGCAACAGUUUUAAAUCUAAUUUCGGGGGCAUGGUUGGCUUGAAACGCCGGGGAAAUAUGCAUUUUAGCAACUGCAGCAGGCUCAACCAAAAAAAUGCGAUUAAGAAAAGCAGACUAUCGCGAAUCCCAGGAUACACUUUGUAUCCCAUCUAUGGAAUUCAACUGCCGUUGAAGUUCGAGUUGAGAAACGUGAUGCUCUGGGGGAACGCGAUACCUGACCUGUUUGCUGCGCAGAAAUACCCCGGGCGUGUCUAUCCAGUCGUCGAGCGGUGCAUAGCCGCUAGGAGACAGACUGAGGAUUUGCUGGUGGGCAUGGUUGCGAUCCAGAAAACAGAGCCGCAGCCCUCGCCUCGACGCAUGCUGCACCCUGUGGAAUGUCGAGAGGAAAAAAUCAGAGCCACUCCGUUCCAGGAAAUAUAUGCUGUCACUAUCCGAAUCUGUCUCACUGUUGUAUUCGAAACCGUCCACUGA